AUGGCUUCUCGAAGGCUCGCGCUGAACCUCCAGCAAGGCCUCCGCGCCCAACGUGCCAUCAGUGCCGUCAAGCCGCGCUCUCCCGUCCUCGGCAACAUCACCCGCCGCGCCCUGGCCACGCCCGUCGGCCAUGCCAGCACCACCGAGAGCACUACCCUGAGCAAUGGCUUUACUAUUGCAACCGAGCACUCCCCUUACGCGCAAACCUCGACCGUAGGCGUGUGGAUUGACGCCGGUUCGCGCGCAGAGACGGACAAGACCAAUGGAACCGCCCACUUCCUCGAGCACUUGGCGUUCAAGGGCACCCAGAAGCGAUCGCAACAUCAAUUGGAACUCGAGAUUGAGAACAUGGGUGGACACCUCAACGCCUACACGUCUCGCGAAAACACCGUCUACUACGCAAAGUCCUUCAACAGCGACGUCCCCAACACGGUCGACAUCCUCGCCGAUAUCCUUCAAAACAGCAAGCUCGAGCCUCAAGCCAUUGAGCGCGAGCGGGAUGUCAUCCUCCGCGAGCAGGAAGAGGUCGACAAGCAGCUGGAGGAGGUCGUCUUUGACCAUCUCCAUGCCACUGCUUUCCAGAACCAGGCGCUGGGACGUACCAUUCUCGGACCAAAGGAGAACAUUCAAUCCAUCCAGCGCACCGAUUUGGAGAACUACAUCAAGACCAACUACACCGCCGACCGUAUKGUACUGGUUGGCGCGGGUGGUGUCCCUCACUCCCAGCUCGUCGAUCUCGCGGAAAAGUACUUUGGCAGCAUCCCCGCGUACAACCCCAACGCACAGUCCAACGCCUCCCUUCGUGGGGUGGAUAGUGCGAAACCUGACUUUGUCGGUUCGGAGGUCCGUAUCCGUGACGACACCAUGAGCACGGCCAACAUCGCCAUCGCCGUGGAGGGUGUGUCAUGGAAGGAUGACGAUUACUUCACCGCACUCGUCACCCAGGCCAUUGUCGGAAACUGGGACCGCAGCAUGGGUAACUCUCCCUACCUUGGCUCCAAGCUCUCCACUUUUAUCCACGACAACAAGCUCGCCAACAGCUUCAUGUCCUUUUCCACCUCGUACUCGGACACGGGUCUGUGGGGAAUCUACAUGGUGACUGACGCCAUCACCCGCAUUGACGAUUUGGUCCACUUCACCCUCCGCGAGUGGUCACGUCUGUCCUUCCAGGUCUCCGAGGCCGAGACGGAGCGCGCCAAGCAGCAGCUGAAGGCUUCCAUCCUUUUGAGCCUCGACGGCACCACUUCCGUGGCCGAGGAUAUCGGCCGGCAGAUCAUCACCACGGGCCGGAGAUUGGACCCGGAGGAGGUGGAGCGCGUCGUGGGCGCCAUCACAGCGGCCGAUGUCAUGAGCUUCGCACAGCGCAAGAUUUGGGACCGUGAUGUUGCCAUUAGUGCUGUUGGAAAGAUCGAGGGCAUGUUGGAUUACGCACGUGUGAGGAAUGAUAUGACUCGGUUGAUGUCGUAG